CCGCCAGCAGUUCGAUGAAAUUCCUACAGUGGUUGGGAUCUUUAGUGCAUUUGGCCUUGUCUUCUCUGUCUCUCUUUUUGCUUGGAUCUGCUGCCAGCGUAAAUCUUCCAAAUCCAAUAAGACCCCUCCGUAUAAGUUUGUCCAUGUUCUGAAGGGGGUUGAUAUUUACCCUGAAAAUCUCAACAGUAAGAAGAAGUUUGGAGCAGAUGACAAAAGCGAAUCAAAGAACAAGUCAUCGAUGCCAAAGAAUUCUCUCCAUCUUGACCUGGAGAAGAGAGAUCUAAAUGGUAACUUCCCCAAAGCAACCCCUAAAAUCCAGAGCUCUUCAGAUCUUGAAAAUUUGUCUCCUAAGCACUUUGCAGAAAGGAAGAAAGAUUCAGUAUCCCCUGACAGUUUGAAGUCCAUCACUUCCCUGUCUUCUGAAGAUAAACAAGAUAAGCUAGGAACUCUGUUUUUCUCCUUAGAGUACAACUUUGAGAAAAAGGCAUUUGUAGUGAAUAUCAAAGAAGCACGUGGGCUGCCAGCAAUGGAUGAACAGUCAAUGACUUCUGAUCCCUACAUCAAAAUGACCAUCCUGCCCGAGAAAAAGCAUAAGGUGAAAACCCGAGUGCUGAGAAAAACUUUAGAUCCAGCUUUCGAUGAAACCUUCACAUUUUAUGGGAUCCCCUAUAGCCAAAUUCAAGACUUAACACUUCACUUUAUGAUCUUGAGCUUUGACAGGUUUUCCAGAGAUGAUGUCAUUGGAGAAGUCCUCAUUCCCCUCUCAGGAAUUGAGCUGUCAGAAGGAAGACUGCUAAUGGACAGAGAGAUCAUCAAAAGAAAUGUUAGGAAAUCAUCUGGGCGUGGAGAAUUACUGGUCUCUCUCUGUUAUCAGUCUACAACAAACACGCUUACUGUGGUUGUUUUAAAAGCCAGGCAUCUACCUAAAUCUGAUGUGUCAGGAUUAUCAGACCCUUAUGUCAAAGUGAACCUGUACCAUGCUAAGAAGAGAAUUUCUAAAAAGAAAACCCACGUGAAGAAAUGCACCCCUAAUGCAGUGUUCAAUGAAUUGUUUGUCUUUGACAUUCCUUGUGAUGGCCUUGAUGAUAUCAGCAUUGAAUUUUUGGUCUUAGAUUCAGAUAGGGGGUCAAGGAAUGAGGUCAUUGGCCGGUUAACCUUGGGAUGCUCAGCUGAAGGAACAGGUGGAGAGCACUGGAAAGAAAUCUGUGAAUAUCCUAGGAGACAAAUUGCCAAAUGGCAUAUGUUGUGUGAUGGUUAGCAGCUUAGAGAGGGGUUGGAAUUUGAAGAACUAUGUACAUCCAUAGGCAAGGAGCAAUUUUCUUUCUUUAUUAUGUGUAACUACAAGACUUUUUUUAGGGGGGAGUGGGAGAAUAAAAACUGGAUUGAAUUUUCAGACCAGAAGGUAACUAAAUUUUCACAGCAAAUAAAGGAAUUUCUGUUUUAUUAGUUUUUAAAAUAAUUGGAUCAGAUUUGUAUUCUUCUGGAGUUUAAAUAGCCUGAAACUUCUGAAACACUAUAAACUUAUUAAAACUAGACUAUGUUUUAUGAAAAAGUCACUGGAAACCUUAUUAGUACUGCUAUACAGAAGAUAACCUCAUUAAAAUAUAUC